AUGGAAGAAGACAACCCAUGGGAGAUCUCAACAUCAUCUCUAAAGAAAUCCAAGUUCCUGAAACACAGAAGAUCAAGACAUGCCAAGGCCUCAGGACCUAUCUGGCGUGGCCAAAAGAACAAACAAAGAAAAAGUCCCCAAAAGUACUCGGCCGAGGCGGUCGGCGGCCGGCUGGGCUCCCCAGCGGAAAAAUGUAAUAAAGAAGAUACUAAAAAAGAUAUCAAUCACGCUACCGAAAGCUCCUUCACACAUGGAGAGAUGCAAGAGCAAUGCAUUUGGUGAAAUCCUUCAGAAGGUGAACUCAUCAGAACACAAACUCAGCGCCUGCCUCAGCCACAGACUUCAGUUCAGGAGCCCAGUGAGGAGGAAAUAGGCAAGAUAAAGAACGGAGGCCAAGUGAAUCUGAGUAAUGGAAAUGGAAUUCACCAUGGGACUAAACCUUCAUCCACAGAUCAUCACAAACUUUCAGCUCCUGUUUCUCAAAAAAUGAAUAGAAAAAUCCAGUCCAGCUUGUCUGCAAACAAUGAUAUCAGUAAGAAGAGUAAAGUAAAUGCUGUCUUUUCCCAAAAGACAGGCUCUUCACCUGAAGACUGUUGUGUCUACUGCAUCCUGGCCUGCUUGUUCUGUGAAUUCCUGACCCUCUGCAAUAUUGUGCUGGGACAAGCUUCUUGUGGGAUCUACACCUCAGAAGCCUGCUGCUGUUGCUGUGGUGAUAAGAUGGGGGACGAUUGUAACUGCCCCUGUGACAUGGACUGUGGCAUCAUGGAUGCCUGUUGUGAAUCAUCAGACUGUCUGGAAAUCUGUAUAGAAUGCUGUGGAAUUUGUUUCCCUUCAUAAGUAUUUAUCCUUGGUUUGUGUUAAAACUGGAGAACAUUUUAAAACUUUUUUUUGCUGUAAAGGGGGAGAAAUUCUCAUGAAGAAAUUCUGUAUUUGCACUGUUCAGUUAUUAUAUUAACUAGUCUCUGAAAGCUUUUUUUUCCUCUCACAAAUCCAUAUGGUUUAAUAUGUGAAAAAUUUGCUAGCUCAUAAUAACCGAGGGACAUUUUGAUUCACACAUAUAUAUGCCCCAAAAUGUUAAAUGGCUCCUCUUUUUCUGCUGAUAUGUUUUGUCUAAGCUUUGUCAGGAGCCUUGUACUCCAAAUAUAUUAUUUCUUAGUAUUUAAACCAGACCAUUUAUUUUUCGAUGCUUAUUUAUGAAAGGUAGAAAGUAAACACUCUUGGGCUGGGAAUGUGGCUUAGUGGUAGACUGCUUGCCUAGCAUACAUGAAGCCCUAGGUUCCUCAGCACCACAUAAACA